AUGUCAUCUAGUGAUUCGAUUGAAUCAACUCAAAAAGCUGUAUUAGCUGAAGUAACAAAGCAUGAUCAUGAAUUGAAGCAUGUUGAACCGCCAGGAGAAUCAGUAUCAACCACUCAAGCUAAAUUAUUACUCGAAGUACAAGGUGGCAAACACGAGCUAAAACAUGUCGAUCCACCAGCUGAAUCUUUAUCAACAACUCAAAUAGCAAUCAAUAUAUGGUUUUAA